AUCUGCUAUCCUGCACGUUGCCUUACUAUAGUAUAGACUUAGAAGGGUGCAACCAGGAUUUUAGUUUUGUUUUCGAUUCACAAGAGGUACUGCUCUUGCUAAUUUGCACUAAACUGUGGUUGCUUUAAAGAGGCAGCUUGACAGAGGAGGCAGAGUUCCGGUAUGUUCACGGAAAAGCCUUGAUAAGUGUAACAUUAACGUUAGCUACUUCCGCCUUAAGCUGCCUCUCGUCACACAGAGAAAUGACGGCAACCCUGCGCCCAUAUCUCAAUGCUGUUCGUGCUACCCUGCAGGCCGCCCUCUGCCUGGAGAAUUUCUCCUCGCAAGUGGUAGAGAGACACAACAAGCCCGAGGUGGAAGUACGGAGUAGUAAAGAGUUGCUUCUUCAGCCUGUGAUCAUCAGCCGUAAUGACAAGGAGAAAGUUCUGAUUGAGGGCUCCAUCAACUCUGUCAGAGUCAGCAUCGCUGUCAAGCAGGCAGAUGAGAUCGAGAAGAUUCUGUGCCAUAAGUUCAUGCGUUUCAUGAUGAUGAGAGCAGAGAACUUCUUCAUCCUGAGGAGGAAACCAGUGGAGGGCUACGACAUCAGCUUUCUCAUCACCAACUUUCACACAGAGCAGAUGUACAAACAUAAACUGGUGGACUAUGUCAUUCAUUUCAUGGAGGAAAUUGACAAGGAGAUCAGUGAAAUGAAGCUGUCUGUCAACGCGAGGGCUCGUAUUGUUGCAGAGGAGUUCCUCAAAAAUUUCUGAAAGAGAGAGAGAACCUGGAAAUACAUUCCUUUCACCAAUCUUGGCCGUCACUAUGGAGCUUUCACGUCCUAGAACAGAGAGGAGGCUAAAUCUGACCAGCCAAGACCAUUUGAGAAA